CAGUUUGACACUCACAAAAUAAAACCAAUAUAUUUUUCACAUACAUUUCUCGCCAUGGUCAGGCUGUGAAUCACAACGGCAAAUCAAAUCAAUUGUAGUAAAAUCGUGCAGUUUAGAAUGCACCGCUCCCUAAAAUGGCUGAUUCGGAGGAGAGAGAUGAUGACAGUCAGGGAGGCAACAGCGAUGAUGAAAUAGCUGAGCUGCGCAUCCAGGCACUGCUGAGCAAGCGUGUCAAUGAGGCUGAGGUCUCUCCAGCACAUGACCCACCACAAGAAAAACACCUUAACGUCAACAAGCCUCUGCCCAUCGGUCGGCCACAGUCCUUCCGGCCAGCACAGAAUUAUGAGAAGAGUCACCCCAUGGGCAACAAUAUAACCACCAUCCCUGUGCUUGGUGCUCCAAACUACAACAGAAACUUCCACCCUCACUUUAAUAGACAGAAUCAGGGACAUAACUUCCAGGGUGGUGGGGGAAAUUAUUACGGUGGUGGGCCAGGCAGGAACAGGCAGCAGUGGAACCAGGGCCACGGCAGAGGUGGUAGGGGUGGGAAACUGAACUAUGGUGCCAGGGGUCCCCAGCCCAUGCAGUCAAAGUCUUCAGUAACACAGCUAGUCUUGCCACAGGACAAAUACUCGGUGAAAGCUCCACCUGAGCCCAAUAAAACCAAGGAGAAGAUGAGUGCUCGGUGGCGGAGAAUACAGGGGUCAGAUAGUGAGAGUGAGAGUGAGGACAGUGAGUCAGAUAGUAGUGACAGUAGCAGUGACAGUUCAGGAAGCAGCAGUGGCAGCAGCUCUGGGAGCUCCAGUGGGUCAGACUCUGAGAGUGAGACCAGCUCCGUUGAGAAGCACAAGAAUGUGAAAGACACGAAGAAAGAGGCAGCAGGUGAGAGGAAGCCCGCUCCAUCCUCUGGAGCCAAUGCACGACAGAGGCAGCUGUCCAGGAGCUCCCAGGGCAAGUCUCCUCCACCAAGCCAAGAUCUCAGGUCAUCACCUGUCAAGCCUCCACCCUCAGGCAGAAGAGGCUCUGUCAGCCCACCCAAAAAGUACCCCUUUACAGGGCAGCUGUCCCCACGGUCUUCCCUCAAACGAAGACCCUCAGCCAGCCCUCCUGACCACCGGGCGUCCUGGGCCCCGCCUGCCACCAAGGGUCGGAGUCCUUUCCGUCACCAGGGAUCCCGCAGUCCUCCACCCAACAGAGGUCCCAUGAAGAGUCCAGGUCGUCCUAGUUCAAGAAGUCCCCCUCCAAGAAGGUCAAGGAGUCCCCUUCCAUGGGCUAAGUCCAGGGGUGGUCCACGAGGCUCCAGAAGCCCUCCACCAAGACUCAGAUCCAGGAGUCCUUAUCCUAGGAGAGGUUCAAGGAGUCCAAUCCCAAGGAGGAGUUCAAGAAGUCCACUCCUCAGAAGACUUUCCCGCACUCCACCACCAAGAUGCUCCCGCAGCCCCUACACCAGGAGGGGCAGCCGCAGUCCAUACCUGAGGCGGGGCUCCCGUAGCCCCUUGCACAAGAGAGGAUCACACAGCCCCCCUCUCAGAAGGAGCUCCAGGAGUCCCCUCCCACUGAGGCGAGGCUCCCGUAGCCCUCUGCCUCGAAGGGGUUCCAGGAGUCCUCAUCCCAGGAGAUUCUCAUCCAGGAGUCCACCACCAAGGAGGGGUUCACGCAGUCCUCUACCCAGGCGCAGCACAAGUAGGAGUCCAGGAGCCAGGAGGAGUCCCCACAGCCCAGGUGGGAGGCUUCCUCUGGGGAGUGGCUCACGCAGACUUUCCAGAAGUCCUCUCAGAGGGAGACUGAAGAGUCCUUUCAGAGGUAGAAGCAGAAGUCCCCUUCCUAGAGCAAGAAGUCGCAGCAUUGGCUCUCGAAAGUCUAGAAGUCCAGGGAUGCGAAGAAGUCCCUUGGCCAGGAGGGGCUCCAGGAGUCCUCUCCUUCGCAGGAUGUCACGCAGCCCACCCUAUCACCGUUCUUCAAGGAGUCCGCUGCCUCCCCGCAGAGGUUCCCGGAGUCCCGGAUUGCGCAGGGGAUCAAGGAGCCCAUUGCCUCGCAGGAUAUCCAGAAGUCCGCUGGGGAGAAGGCAUUCCAGAAGUCCCCUCAGAAAGCACUCCAGAACACCUCCCAGAAAUCUCUCCCGCAGCCCCUUGCCUCGCCGGGAACCUCUGUCCCACAAGUUGUCCAAGUCUCCCCCACACUCCACCAAGAGUCCACAUCUCCACAGCCCAUCCCGUAGGGUGUCCCGUAGUCCUCUCCGCAGGUUGUCUAGGAGUCCCAUCAGGCAGUAUUCCCACAGUCCUCACACUCGCAGGUUUUCCAGUAGAAGUCCUCCCCCACGGAGACUGUCCCGAAGCCCCAGGCCCCUGAGGACCCACCGGGGCUCUCCAUUACCAAGAUUUUCCCGCAGCCCACCUCACCAUCCCCUCUCCAGAAGUCCUGGCCCACGUCAUCUUUCCAGGAGUCCUCCACCACCCAGGAGGAUGUCCAAGAGUCCUCCAGGUCACCUGCUGCCCAGGAGUCCAGUCCUUCGCCACCACUCCAAGAGCCCCAUGGGUAUCGGACGGCAGAGGAAUCUUUCCCCGCACCACAACAGGAGUCCUUCCCCGAGGCGGCUCCUCAGAACUCCUCCAGGCUCACACAGAUCCCUCAGCCCUGACCGUAGGAUGCCUAGGUUCUCCAGGAGUCCAGGUCUUGAGAGAAAUGCUGCAUUGGGACCUGCCUUCAGAAAUUCCAAAAGUCCUGGGCCAGGAAGAGGACCCCAAAUGCCCAUGCGGCCCCACAGCCCCGUGCCACGUUCUCCCAGUCCCAGCAUGAGAAGAGAGUGGAACCAAAGGGGAAGGAGGUCCAGGUCACCCCCGGGGACCUUCAGGAGAUCCCUCAGUCCUUAUGGGCGACCUGCCAGGAGCUUGUCCCCUCGGUCCCGGCUGGAAGGUAUGCCACCGCCCCUCAUGGAGCGCUCUCCUAGAGGCACUUUCCACCGUCCUGGCUACGGUCGUCUCGGGGCAGAAGGCGGCAUGCAGGGUGACAGGUUUUCACCCCCAGGCCUCAUGCUGCAGUCUGGACGAUCUCAUGAGUAUCCUAACGACUUUGGCCAUUUCCCUACCCACCGUCCACCCCCACAGGGCCCCAUGAAUGGUGGUCAACACUACCAGGACUACAACAAGGCUGGACCACCUGGUGGCCCUCCCUGGUCUGGUGUAGGAAGGAGGGAUGGCAGGGAACACUUUUCUCCAGAAAGGUUGUUGCCAGAAGCUGCCUGGCAGAGUCAUUUCCAUCAGAGGGACAGACCCGAGCCUCAUGUGUAUCCACAUCCAGACCACCACUUUGGCAGGGAUCAGCCCUUCACUUCUUCAGGAAGGGGUCGCCAGGGACCUGGGGGCAUGCUGCCUCAUGGAAGGGGUGGGCUGGGAGCCAUGCAUGGACCAAGACGAGGAUCACCAGGUCCACCAAGACGAGGGAGGAGUCCGCAGCCUUUAAUGGAGCCACCGGAGAGGUUUGUUUGGGACCGUCCUGCACCUGGCCCCGUCGCCCACCAGAUGUCUCCGCCACGGCCUCUCAUGCGUCCACGCUCACGCUCUGGAUCUCCAUUCUCUGGCCGCCAGCAAGCCUUCCCUCCGUCUGUGGGACGGGGAGGCCAGAUGUCACCACGGGGCAGAGCCAGUGCUUUGAUGGGUGGCCGGCGCGGCCCCAGGACACCUCCAAUGCCUGGACGGAAGAUGUCACCUCAUCCAGGUACCAGGGAAGGACUUCGGUCACCUCGAGGACCUCCCUCGUAUCAGGACACCAACAAGCUGCCAGGAAUGCCAGGCAGACCAAACCCUCUUCUUGCACUCCCACAUGAAAGACCACCACAGUCCCGUGGAGGCCCUGGCCAACCCCAGCAGGGAGCCAAUCCUAUGGCAGGAGUUCGAACCCAGGACCCCUCACUCCACAAGCAACGUCCUCAGGCCCUAAGAGGGCGCUCACCUCUCCUUGGUAAGAGAGAAGGAAAGCAGACAGAAGAGACCAGGGACAGAGUCCGAGAGGACACCACCGCUCCUUCCCAGCAUGACAAGAGAGACAGCCGUAGGCAUGAUUCACCAAGGAGGAUGGAGAAUAAGCAGAGAUCACCAGGUCGGGAUAAGGCCUCCUCAAGGUCCCAUGGAACUAAGAAUGGAGACAGUUCUUCAUCCAGAGGAAGAGGCAGCAGGGGAGGCAGGAGCCCAAUUAACAGGAGUCGACGACAUGCAGGUUCAAAGUCAGAGGCCUCCUCCAGCCGGCACCAGUCUAGGAGUCCCGGAGCCAAGGACCGGCCAUCCUCAUCUUCCUCAUGGGAAAAGAAAGAGUCUGGCAGAAAUUCCCGUGCAGAUAAGACAACCAAACCUGAGGGGAAGGUGAGUCAGGUUCGGAGACAGUCUCAGUCUCCACAAAGACAAGGACGCAAUGGUAGCCCCUGGCUUGAUCCUGUUACCCCAGAGAAGCAAGACCAGAAUACAGGAGAUAGACCUGGCUCAGAUUCUGUUGGGCAGGAGAGUGAAGAUCGAGUAAAGCAAGAGACAAAGAAAGAUCUGGUUCCUGAAGGGAGAGAGAGGACAGAGGUGAAAGAAGAAAAAUUGGACAAGUCUCCACCUGAAGACCAAACAAAGCAGCAGCAGAAGCAACAUGAACAAAAACAAGACAAACAGAAACACCACCCACAGCAGCAGCACCAAGUAGUCAAGCAGGAGAGUAGAGCAGAAGAAGAGAAAAAGAAUGAUACUCAACGCAAGAAGAUGGAAAGUAGCAAGCCAUCUCAGCCUUCCCAAGAAUCACAGAGGUCCUCUCAGAAAGCCUCUGCUGUCCCCUCCAAGGAAAUGGAGGAAGACAAAAAGGUUAAGAAGGAAGAGAAGUCAAGAGAAGAUCUGGAUGAAAGACGUAAAAAAAAGAAAAAGAAGAAGAGUAGGGAAGAUGAUGAUGAAAAGGAUUCAGUCAAAAGUAAAUCAUCCAAAAAAAAGAAAAAGGAGAAGAAAAAGAAAAAAGAGAGUAAGAAGAAGAAGAAGAAGCAUAAGAAAGCAGAUUCAGAGAGUGAGGAAGAAGAGAAGCAAUCAACACAUACUAAGACAUCAAAGGAAGGGAAGAAAAACAGCAUUGACACUACUGACCUGAGGCACAUGCUGAAGCGCAAAGCAGUCACUGAUACGUCGUUGGAGAGGAGGAACGUUGGGAAAGCCGGGAGCAGCAGCGGUGGGGACAGAGACAACAAGCGCCGCAGGAAGGAGCGAGACGAUCCCCCGAGGCAGGUCAUGACAGGCAAGGGCAGACAAGCAGACAACAAAAGGAAAAAGCAGCAUGAAGGGAAGCCUCUUCUGGUGACUGUUGGCUCGGGUGAGGACAGACAGGUCACCUCAGGCAAGAACUCAGAGCCACGCUCCUCUGAGGGGAAGGGCUCCCAGCGCUUGUCUGUCCACCUUCGUCUUGGUCCAGCCAAAAGUUCCUGGGACGACAAGAAGUCUGGCAGUGGGCGAGGCAGUGGUGGAGGUGGUGGAGGUAGUGGAGGUGCUGGUGGCAGCAGCAGCGGCACUAGCAGAAACAGGCGGCGAGACAAAUCCAAGGGACGACACGGUGGCGGUGGUGGAGGUGGAGGCAACAGCAGCAACAGAGUCAAGCUGAGGCGAUGAUGAAGGGGUGACUUUUCUGUCAACUUGGGAUGCAGUUUCUAGGUCGGCGUGUUGCUGGUCUCCCCCCACAUGAGUUGGGUGGUUCCCAACUCCCCCUUCUGUACCUGGGCCAUGUCCCGCCUCAGUGCUAGCGUGCCACAGCCACAAGUAUGACAGGGAGACAUGGGUGUAUAUACUCUAGGUUUAGUUUGUAAUGGUAGGCAAGUUGACAUACCUACUCACACAUUUCAUGAACUUGUCCAAUCAAAUUGCAUUGUCUUACAUGGUUUGCCAUAAUCCAUUCACUGUGUGUGUGUGUGUGUGUGUGUGUGUGUGUGUGUGUGUGUGUGUGUGUGUGUGUGUGUGUGUGUGUGUGUGUGUGUGUGUGUGUGUGUGUGUGUGUGUGUGUGUGUGUGUGUGUGUGUGAGCAUGCAAGUGUGUGUGUGUGAGAGAGAGAGAGAGAGAGACUGCAUGCAUGCAAACGUGUGUGUGUGUGUGUGUGUGUGUGUGUGUGUGUGUGUGUGUGUGUUUAAGUACAUCCAGUGUUUGGUUGUAGGUUAGUGCAUAUGUUUUCAUCAUGUUUCAUAGACAUCAAAUGUUAUAUUUUUACAUCAAUAAAAAAAAAAAAAAAAGGAUUUUAGUGUGUGAAUUACAUAGCCAAAAACUUAAUGAUGAUGGCUGGGAUUUCUUAAUUUCUAUCUCAAAAGUCAGAUAAUACUCUUGGGUUGAUAAAUAGCCAAUAUUGGAGCUGCACAAUACUCACUCAGUGUCACCAGCUAAGUUAGGUUAGAAGGAACAUUGAUGUGUAUUAAUCUUUGUUUUGUUUAUUAUUUAUCUCACACUGAAUGGAAUAACCAUGAUGUUAUGGCUAUGUACAUCAUAUAAGAAAAUUACUAUGUAGCAAAUACAUAAGUUCUGCAAAGAAGUUCUGAAUAACAAAUGUAGCCUCAGAAUUGGUCAUCCCAACUGAUCUCAUUAGCAAAGUUUUGUUGGCUUGUUGACUGGCCUAGUUAUGGGUUUUGUUUCUUUGUUUUAAUGAUUAUCAGAGAGGCAGGACAUCUUGAAAAGUUAAGAUCCCAACUUAAAUUUGUAGAUCUUUAAAUUUACUCUUUCAAAACUUUUUUUCCUGUUGAGAGGUCAUGUUUACUGUAUCUUGUUUCCAUACUCUUUAUUUACAAACCAGCUUGCAAGAUUGUGUGUAAGGUUGUGCAUGUCUUGCUUGAGUAUUUGUGACAUUUCAUCAUCAUAAUCAGUCUGUCAGUCAUUUUUUUCUUGUUAUUAAUAAUCUGAUGUGAGAACCUCAGAUAGUGCCAGUAAGCAUCACUUGCCAUGUUAGUGUUGCUAGGGAGUAUGUCAAAGGUUUACAUGUACAUACUACUUAGUUUGAAUGUGACCUGGUUAAGAUUAAAAGUGAUUGAUUAAA